CUCAGCCCAUCCUGUACUGGUGCUCCAGGAACAUGUCAUUCUGGAGCAGCAUCUCCUUCAACCUGGCUGUGCUCAUGAACCUGCUCGUGGCUUUCUUCUACCCUCUGGAGGGCGUCCGUGGAGGUACCCUGGAGCCCCAUCUGUCUGCCUUGCUGUGGAUGGCCAUGCUGCUUUCUCUGGCUAUAGUCAUCGUCUUGCCUCAGCCUCACGGCAUCCGGGCGCUCAUUGCUUCCACCAUUCUACGUCUGAUCUUCUCUGUAGGCCUGGAGCCCACGUUGCUCCUGCUGGGGGGUUUCAAUUUAUGCAAUAAGGUCAUCUUCCUGACGAGCUUCGUUGGGAACCGCGGAACGUUCACGCGUGGCUACAUAGCCAUGAUCAUGGAUGUGGAGUUCCUGUACCACUUGCUCUACCUGAUUAUCUGCAGCCUGGGGGUCUUCGUCCAUGUCUUCUUUUACAGCCUGCUACUCUUUGAUCUGGUUUACCGAGAAGAGACAUUGCUGAACGUAAUAAAGAGUGUGACCCGCAAUGGCCGUUCCAUUGUUCUGACAGCCGUGCUGGCCCUUAUCCUCGUCUACCUCUUCUCCAUUGUGGGCUAUAUCUUCUUCAAAGACGAUUUCAUUUUGGCUGUCGACAGGAUACCCAACAAAACACUAGAACAUGCAGCCAGUAUGGUGGGAGAGUUCUUCUCUAGCGGAGUGUGCCAGAAAGAAAAUGGGGAGAACUGUUCAUCAGAGGCCGUGAUGGAUGCUUCCCUUGCCAUCCAGCCAUCAGCGGUGGUGAUCGAGGACAAGGAGCGAACAUGUGACUCCCUGCUCAUGUGCAUUGUCACAGUAUUGAGUCACGGCCUCAGGAGUGGAGGAGGUGUUGGGGACGUCCUGCGGAAGCCAUCCAAAGAG